AUGAGCCCAACGGGUUCCGACGAUACCUCACAGCAACCAAAAUCGCGUGAUGUCCACGAUACCGACGCAAGCUCUGAACGUCUGGAAAGACUUGAAGUACUCCUCGAAGGAAUGGCGAGGCAACAAGCCCAGUUCAUGGCAAACCAGGCGGAGCUUCAGAAGCAAAUCGAGCGCGUCACAAACUUCAUUAAGGCUCGAGGCCGACGAAUGAAAGUAGGGUCGCUUGAUACGUCAAUGAGGACAUUCGUUCCACCAAUCAACGUUGGACUCAAGGUCCCAAAUCCACGCGACCUGGACUGGCCGAGCUUCGCGAACUUCACAGGCAAGGAAGUAUACCCUGGCCUGAGUGCAGACUUCAAGACGUGGGGGCUUAGAUUCCUACAGAAGGUGGUUGCAGCUCAGCAGAUGAGCGGUGGCGACUGGUCGGAGGAAUUCCGAAUCCUCACCCUAAAUGGCAAGCGAGAAGGAACCGCACUAGUAUACUUUGAAAUGACGCUCCCACUCUGGAUGACGGAGUCGCCCACACUGGAGCAUGUGAUGAAUCGGAUGUUGGCUCCCGCGACAGGACGUGGGCUGAACAUUUUCAGUACUUGA